CUUAGAACGUUCAGCACCCAAACGUUCCAUUCCAUUCAUAGAAAAAGAAGUUGGUAGUAGCUGCGAAGGGAAGACAUGGGUUCUCCUGCUAUAGCUAUCAUCAGAGCCAGUUUCCCAAAGCCUGCCUCUCCAUUGCUGCUCAUCCGCACCAACCCCACCACAGCUGCUUGUUGGAGCGAGUUGGUCACGGGUUAAAACCCCAAAGGUCUAAAAUGUCUCCACACAUCAUGUCUAGCCAGUGGAUCUCACACACCCCAAACACAAGCAUACUAUUGGUUUGCUGCUAUCCUUUUGGAUCCAGGAUGGCUAAAAGUCUGCCUCCAGAACCAAACAGUUCCAUUUCUGUUGGCAAAUCAAAGGUUGGAUCCAUGAUUGUUGGACGUAUGGCCCCACUUGCAAUGGACUGGCUGAAGAAGUGUUGGCACCUCUGGCAGAAUUUCCCAGCAAACUUGGUGGCAGCUAUACUGACAGGCAUUGCUCGGUGGGCAAUGCCCAUUUUGGCAAAGACAGUGAAACUUUUAGAGAGUGAAGAAAUUGAAAGAAAUAGAACCCCAAUGGAGAUGCAAAACUUGAAAGAUGGUCAUAUAGGAUAUCUUACCUUGUACGAUCAUAGAAGGUACUCAUUAAAGGACACUGAUUGCUUAGUUGAAGAUGGAUACUUUGGAGAACACCUGUCUGGCUUUGAACAUGCUGAGAUGGAUAUGAUGCAUUUGGAAGAGGAAGCCAUUUCUGAGCUGUGUUUAAUGAGCCCUUCCAUCUUUUUGGACUUUAGAAAUUAUUGUGAAGUUUCUACAAUAGAAGACCUAGUCAUGGAGGACAUGGAGAGCCCUGGAGAUUUUUCCAGGAAGUGGCUGGAAGAUUGUUAUCAUCCUCAAAUAGGCUUCAAAAUGGAUGGACAUUUUGGAAAGAGCCUGCAAAGUGAUUGCAGCCACCAUGAAGAGUUAAAAGAUUUCGAAGAGGGUCUUUGGCAAAGCAUGGAAAGUACCUCUAUUUCCCAGGAAGAGGAAGGCAAGAUAUUGAGUGUGGAUUUGGCAGUGUGUGAAGAGCAAAGCUUAGUGAGUUCAUUUGGUGCCCCAAGCAUGGAUAAACAGCUAGAGAUGAACAAAGAAGGUGGAGCUGAAGAUGCUCACAACUUGGAAUCCACCACUGCUCCCCAUGGCUUCAAAAGCUCCCUUGUCCUGUCCUUGUUCUACAGUCCAUCAGAGGAAGAGGGAGAUGAAGAGGAUGAUUCAGAGGAAUGGUGGAGUGAGGAUGAGAUGGAAAUGAGUACAUCUUUGGGAAUGUCCUCAGAUGGCACUGAUUCAACGAGUGUGCCUUCUUUGGAAGCAGAAGAUGACCUUCUACAGAGGAAUGUUCUUGAGAACCUCUGCGGGUCUUUCUCUAUGAACAAGGAUCCUUUCCACCCACUCAGUUUUUCCCAGCCCAUUCAGGCGCCCAAGGCCAGCAGCUCUUCCCCACGUGAACCCAAGAACCAUCAGGAAAUCACCGUCUCCUUUUAUCUAACACGGCAGGAUUCUAAGCCUGGGCAAUUGUGUGGUCCCUCAAAACAACCAUGGCCCCGAAAGGAUCCAAGGGCUACCUAUAAGAGUUCAGCCCAUAAAUGCUGCCAACCACAUUCCAGGAAAAACUGUGACUCUGUCACCUCAGAAACAUCAUUCAUUUCUCAGAAAGAAAACCAGGUGAUCAAGAAGUAUCGUCAUCCUUUCCUCUGUAUCCUUAGGUUCGAUUCUCAUCUGUAGUCACCGUCCAUCCAUUGGUAGUCUGGGAUUAUGCCUCCCGGGCUGCUCGCCGGGGCCCUUGGGAGGAAAUGGCCCGUGACCGCUGCCGUUUCCGCCGGAGGAUUGCUGAGGUGGGAGCCAUUCUUGAACCUUGCCUGGAGAUGGAGCACCGGGCCAAAAUGUGGAAGAAAAUCCAUGAGGUUGUAGACUCUGUUCAGAAGGAAGAUAACACCAAUGAACCUCUCCUCUCCAACCAUGCUAGGAUGGAGUAGCUGUGUCUGCAAAUGGCUGUUCAAGGUGGUGGUCAGUCAGACAAACAGUUUUGCUAAGCAAUGCAUAGAAUUCUCAGUUGAAAGGUUUUUAGCACUGUCACCUCUUGUGAGUGUUGGAAAGAAUGGGGCUUGUUACUCUUCCUUCCCAGCCUUUUAAUUUAUACAAGUGUACCUCUAUUGGAUUUGUUUGUCUAUUGCCAUGAAGUCCUUUCAAAGUACCAUCUUCUUAGACUACAGUAUAGUGACAAGAAUCAGUAAUCUGGGCCUGGAUUCUGAGUUUUCUCUGCCUGGGGUAGAACAUUGCAGCAAGGGUUUUGUUUUAUGAAUAAAUGCACUGAUUAUAAAUUGCUACUGCUACCUCUGGAGUUUGAAGAACAUAAAACACGACCACAUGUGUAAUAAUGCAAAUGUUUGUGCCUGAGAGAGGGUUUGUAAAAAAUACAGCAUGUUUACUGUUGCACACAUAUUGCAGAAGUCUUGCACAUUGUUACAACUAACCAGUGAAUAAUAGACUACAGUAUUUGCAUUUUAUGGACAGGGGAACUGGGAGAGGGGAUUUUCCAGAGCCUCAGGAGACCUUGCAGCUAAGAUAGUUGUUUUAAAUAAUCUCCCAACAAAAUGCUGAAUGCACUGAAUUCCCCCAUUCCCAUGCAAGUAGGGCUUAGGGGUUCUGUCUUUUUAAAUACUCAGUGUCUCUGAGUAAGCCUUUGUUGCUUUAUAUAGAUGUCUUGAACUUAUUUUUCCACUUAAAUUAAAAGUGAGUACUGUAUUAAUUUAUUGGGGUGAAUUCCUCCUGGUGGGGAGACUUUGUUUUUGUUUCUUUAUAUGAAUAAUUACCUGAUAAUUGUACUUUGAAGUAAUAGCUGUAGUUUUAAUUAUUUUUAUUAAAAAAACUUAUCCUA